AUGUCUAAAGCGACAUUUCCUCCUGCGGUAACUUCCGCAAAGAAGCUUUAUACUACCCAAUAUUCAUCUUGGUGGGAGAGAUCAUAUGGAAUGGUUCUUGAGGAUAAUUUGGAUGUUAUGGUAGAGAAAGCUGGGUCAGAAUUUGUUACCCUUUUAGAAGACAAAAGUCAAGAUAUUGAGAAAACACUUUCAAAAGUCAAGACACCACUUGCUCCCCAGCAUCAAAGUAAGAAGAUUAACUCCUCUAAGGUAUCUAAGAAAGAAGUAGUUCAUACUUCUACUGAUAAAGAGAAAUGUCCCCAAUUUCUCUUCUCUAGUAAAUGGGCCCUUCAAGAAACAAGCAAAACUAGCAAGGAUCGAUGUUGGAAGAGGCAAAGGGUUGAACCAUCUGGGGCUGAAGUUGUUGAUUUAAGAGUCGUAGAAGUUCAGAGUGUCGAUAGUCCUUCAAGAUCAAUGACAAUUCAGAGUGACAAGGUUAACGAUGCUGGACAUCCACUAGGAUCGCCACAUGAGAUGCCACAAGUUAGCGAUGAGUCUACUGCAAUAUCAAGACCUAAGGCACAAUCAAUUUCAAAUAUUGAGCAAGAGCAAAAGACAUCAUCUACUUCUCGUGGCCAAACUUUAAAAGGGUUGACUCCUAAUUCAAAUGAGUUUUCCUGA